AUGUGUAAAUUCUUCCUAGCAAGCCUGGAGGGCGAGGCAAGGAAGUGGUUCUACAAUCUCCCACCAGGAACAAUCGACAGUUAUGAGACUCUAGUCGAAGCUUUCCUCGAAACUUACAUGCACAACAGCAGACCUCGGCCCAAGGUCAACAGGUUAUUCACCUUGGCCCGACGGUUUAGAGAACCACUCAGGUCGUUGACCGAUCGAUGGAGAAAUUUGUGCACAGAAAUAGGGAAAGUAUCAGUCGACCAACAAAUAUUUGGGUUCGAAAACACAUUAGGGAGGUUGGACCCCAUCUGGAUAGCCAUGUUUACUGAAAAACCACAGACAUUGAAAGAAAUGAGGAAAAUGCAAGAGCAUUUCAUCGCCCUAAAAGAAAUUAAGGAGGAAUCAAGGGAUAGGGGAGUGCAAGAGGCUAGCGCAUCACCCAAGUCGACAUCAGACGACGUGCAAAGACGGCCCGAGAAGAGACCGAGCCCACCUACACGAGGAAAUGGGAAGAAGGAAUGGGUAGCCAAAGGAAAGAGGCCGAGGCACGAGGCGAAAACAUACACUCCUUUGAAUGCUCCACUAGAAGAACUCUUCAAAGAGGUCGAAAAAAGGAAUGGCAUCAUAUACCCAGCAUCAAGAGGGAUACAGUUCGAGGAGACCAAGGAUCACCUGGAGUAUUUCCAUUAUCAUCAGUAUCGAGGCCACUCUACAAAUAACUGCCGAGAAGUAAAAGACAUCGUGCAACACCUUAUUCGAGAUGGUUACCUGAGACAAUUCGUCCGACACCCAGCCCAGGCAAUCGCUACGCCCGAUGCACCUAUCCAUCAGGUCCGAAUCGAUAGAUCCACUCAGUUUGUCAACACGAUUUCGCAUUCAGCCACUCAAGAGUACAAUCUGAAUCCUGGGAUCAUGUCUAGAAUCCACAAAAGGGACCAUAACGGGAAAGAAAUUUUCAGUGUAGCAAAAACUUUGCCAAUGAAACCUUGGAUGGUGCAACCUAUCUUUUUCUCGGCUCAGAAUGUCCCAAUGAAUGUCCAGGCUCGCAGUGAUCCCUUGGUCAUCACCCAAUGGGGGGUAAGAAGGAUACUGGUAGAUAGUGGGAGCUCAGUCGAAGUACUCUUCUAUGAUACGUUCAAGAGGAUGGAGCUAUCAGAAGAUAUACUCGUCCCAUCAACAUAUCGUAUCUACGGAUUUAAUGGGACCGUAACCAUCCCAAAGGGCGAAGUAACCCUAAGGGUAUCAGACGGAGGUGGUUACCUAGACACAUUGACUACAUUCUGUGUGGUCGAUGUCGCCUCGCCCUAUGAAGCUAUUAUCGGGAGACCAUGGAUCGCUGGAAUCAAAGGAGUGGCCUCAGCCUAUCAUCAAAGGCUGGGAUUUCCAACGUACAAGGGAAUAGCCGAGGUCAUAGGCGAUUCACAGGCAGCCCGACAGUGCAUGCAGGUCUAUGCCCAAAUAAAUGAGGAGCGGUGA